GCGAAGCCUUAUUGUGCUUGUGACGUCAGAUUUCCGAAUUGCCUGACUGUUUACACUCGUACAGACACGUGUAAUAUUGUGUAAAAAUGCCACAAAAAAUCAAAUCUUUUGACGUUUUACGUUCUACGGCUGAGGAUAAUGAAAAUGGUUUAAAAACAGAAGACAGUGGAGAGGAGGACAAUGAUCAGAGGAAUGAAGCAGAGGACCCUCCUAGACCCUCUCCUAAGCCUGGCCCUGGGGAGCACCCUCUACAGUUUAACUACUCCCUGUGGUUUUCCAGGAAAGCCCCAGGAAAACACUCUACAGCAACUAGUUAUGACCAAAAUCUCAAACUUGUGGGAACAUUUGCAUCGGUGGAGCAGUUCUGGAAGUAUUAUGCUCACAUAGUGCGGCCUAGUGAUUUAACAGGGCAUAGUGAUUAUCAUUUGUUUAAGGAAGGAAUUCGUCCAAUGUGGGAGGAUUCAGCAAAUAACAAAGGAGGUAAAUGGAUUGUUCGACUUAAGAAAGGCCUGGCCUCACGGUGUUGGGAGAAUUUAAUACUAGCCAUGCUGGGAGAACAGUUUAUGGUAGGAGAGGAAAUAUGUGGAGCGGUCAUCUCAAUACGAUAUCAGGAGGACAUUUUGUCCCUGUGGAACAGAACAGCCAGCGAUCAACAGACCACGUCCAGAAUUAGGGACACACUAAAACGUGUUCUCAACCUUCCACCCAAUACAAUCAUGGAGUACAAGACGCACAAUGAUAGCAUCAAGGACAAUUCAAGCUUCAGAAACACAGAUAUUUUUAUGAGGUGACAAUAGAACAAGCUAUUAUACCAGUAGAAACUGUUACAGAGAGACAAGGUUCACAAAAUGUUACUGUGCUCUGUGUUUGGAAAAAAGUCAACAUUUUUCUGUUAUCAUGUUUAUAGUACAGAGGCACAAGGGCAAGAAAAUUAUAAAACGUUUCAGUCCCCACUUUUACAUGGCAAAAUGGGCAAGAAAGUUAAAAUGGAUUAAGUUCCUACCAAGUGUUUUCGUACAUCAAACAAGUAUUUGUGAGAAGCACUGUGGUACAUGUGGCUCAUGAUGUUCAGGAUUGAAAUUGUUUUUCAGUUUGCUAUUAAAAGAAAUAGGAACAAGUCAGAUUAGAAUUAAAUUGAUAAAAAAAUGUUCUUUUAAUGUCAUGUAUAUACAGAAGGUACAAAGUUUGUAUAAAGACCUUGUUAAGCAUUUUAACAAAAAGUUUUGAUGCAAUGUGUUUGUGUAAACAAAUGUUGUUUUAAAUAAAAAAUAUCAAAAUCCA